CUGCGGCAAUACAAGCGCGGCGGCAAGAGGUGACCGCGAUGAAGGACCAGCGUCUAAUUUGGACGAGGGAAAAGCUAUGCGAGGACGGCAUAUAAAGCGGUCAAGAUGUUCAGGAUCUCAUCUAGUUUCUUCGCACUCUUUCAUCUGCCGCCGUACGAUGGGGGCCUUUUCGUCUGCAGUGCUCAUCACGGGUACUCUCAUCGCCGCCACUCGUGCGUCUAGUCACUCGUUUUCGAAUCGUAAUUCUACCAUCGACUGGUUUUCAUGCGGCGACCUCGACUCGUCGUACAAUGCAUACAAUCUCACCAAUGUUGUCUGCGGCUUCUACGAGGUCCCCCUCGACUGGGCAGACGAGUCCAUCGGGACCGCGAAACUUGCUGUAGCGAAGUUCCCUGCUACGAAGGAACGUAAGGGUACCAUCUUCGGUAAUCCAGGCGGCCCCGGCGAGUCCGGCGUGGGCUUCAUCUUCGAGUACGGCCCCAACGUCAGCGCCACCAUCGGCGGGCACUACGACCUCGUCUCCUGGGACACGCGCGGCGGGCGCGGCCAUUCCAGCCCCCAGCCACCCGCUUGCUUCAACACCUCCGACGAACUUACGCAGUUUUUCGCUGGCACACUCGAGGCUACGGGGCUGGAUAUCAAGGGCAAGCUCACGGACGAUGGGCAGGUCGAUGAGUUUUACUCUCACGUCGAUGAGAUGGAUGCGAAGUAUCGCGCGCUGGGGCAGCGGUGUGCGGAGGCUGAGAGUGGGAAGAUCCUUCCGUAUAUCGGGACGGCGGCGACGGUCCGCGACUUGGUGGCGAUGGCGGAUUAUCUCGAUCCGGGCGUGCAGGAGAUCAACUAUUGGGGCUUUUCGUACGGCUCCCUCCUCGGCAUGACCUUCGUGAAUAUGUUCCCUGAUCGUGUUGGCCAUGUCAUUCUGGACGGCUGCGUGGACCCCAUCCUCUACUACGACAAGCCCACGCCAGAGCACUAUGCCAACAACCUCAACACCACCGACGCCGCAUUCGCUGGGUUUACGGACGGCUGUGCCAAAGCCGGCAAGGAUAGUUGUCAACUUGUGAAAACCGGCAACGAAACAGGCGCUGAUAUCAGGGCGCGCAUCCAGGGCUUUCUCGACCAAGCCCACGACCUCGUCGCGUCAGGCGCCGACAUGUCCCAAACCCUCACCUCCGCCGAAUUCCGCGGCCAGAUCCUUUCCGCCCUAUACAGCCCCACCAACUGGGGCAAAUUCGCCGCCCUAGCCGCCUCCUACGGCCAAUCGCUCCAGGCCCUCUCUGCCAACAGCAGCGUCCCCGACGACCUUGUUUCACAGCUCGCACCCUUGAAGCGCAACGCCUCUACCACGUACGAGGGCCCGGCUAUCUGGUGCGGCGACGGCGUGGACGCGGGGAAUAUGACGAUGCGGGACGGGUUCGAUGCGAUAGUUAACGCAUCAGAGGAUGUGUCGCCGUUCUUUGGGCCCAAGUGGUGGGAUAUUCCGGGUGUACUUUGUUUUGCGUGGCCGGUGCGGGCUGUCGAGCGCUAUACGGGGCCGUGGGACAAUGAGCUGAAGAACCGCGUCCUGGUUAUUGGGAAUGCGGCGGACCCUGUUACACCAUUUAAGAACGCGCAGCUCAUGGCUGAUCUACUCGGCGACAGCGCUGUGAUCAUCAGGCAAGAUGGCUACGGUCACGCCUCCGUGGCAGAGAAGUCGACUUGCACCGCCAAUGUUGUCGGCAAGUACUUUGAGGAUGGCUCGCUCCCUGAAGGCAAUGACACCGUAUGCGCGAUCGACGACUCUGUCGUCCUCUUCCCAGCUUCUGGCGCCUCGCAGCGACGCGCUUAAACCCUACUUAUACCAGGAUUUCUACGGACAUAUCCUACGUUAAAGCCUCUAAAUGUCCCGCAAUCCUUAUAAUCGCGCCUUCUCAGACA